AGUCAAGUCGAUGCUUAGAGUCGUAUCGAAGGAAAGAUUUUCGGAUUUUCUUCCAUCCAUUGCAAUAGAUACCCAAUACAUACCUACCUACCGUUUGGAAAUAAAUAUUUUAGACUAUCAUAUAUUUUUUUAAAGCUUAAUGCAUUAUAUAAAUAUUCAAAAUGUUUUCUUUUAAAAUUUUUCGCUUCUCGUAUAUUAGAUCUUUGAAGUGUAUUCAAAUAUUUUAUUCAUCUCAACCACAACAAGUAGAAAAGCAUGUGGGAAAGGUUGUGAAUGUAGCUAUAAUUGGUGCCCCUAACUCUGGAAAAAGUACAUUAAUAAAUAAUAUUGUGGAGAGAAAGAUAUGUGCAGCAUCCAAUAAAGUGCAUACUACAACUAAGAUGAUUCGAGCAAUGUGUUUUGAAAAUAAUACUCAGAUUAUAUUUUUGGAUACCCCAGGAGUUGUAUCUGAAAAGGAACAAAAAAAAUAUAAAUUACCAGCAUCUAUGAUGGGAGCUUGCCAUAAAAGCCUUAGAUGUGCGGAUGUCAUUGGAGUAGUGCAUGAUGUUGCAAACCGUCACACUGUGGAUACUAUUCAUAGAGAUGUAAUACAAAUGUUGGAUGCAGUUAAACAUAUACCUAGUUUUCUGAUUCUGAAUAAGGUUGAUACAUUGAAAUCUAAGAAGCAGUUACUGCAUUUAAUAAAAAGUUUGACUAACGGUCAAAUUGCUGGCAAUCCAAUACCUCAAGCAAGGAGAAAUAAAAAUAAGGACAAUGAAGAAAACAAUAAGGGCUUCAGUAAUUUUUCUGAUGUUUUCUUAGUGUCUGCUUUAAAUGGAGAUGGAGUUAAGGAAAUAAAGGACUACUUAAUUGGCAAUGCGAAACCGGCGUCACUUCAGUAUUCACCGGCCGAAUGGACCGACCAGCGACCAGAGACUCUUGUAGAAGAAGCCGUGAGGGCCAAGUUUCUCGAUUUUUUGUCACAAGAAAUCCCUUACAGCCUUAAAACUGAACUAGAAUAUUAUGAUAGUACACAAGAAGAUAAAAUUAUUUGUUCUGUUUCUGUUGAGUGUCCGUCUGAAAGGAUACUCAAAUUAAUAAACGGAGCAGGUGGAGGAAGACUAAACCAAAUUAAAUCCCAUGUCAGAAAUGAUUUAGUAGAACUGUUUAAGAAACUUGUAGUUAUUGAAAUUAACUUGAAAGUGAGGCAUAAGCCUCAAGAAUGAUAUUCAUAAGGAAAUAUAUAUUCUUUAUUUGUAAUUACAAUUAUUUAUUACAUAAGUAA